AUGUUGCCGCAAAGCUCAUUGUUGGCCCUCAUUCCGUUGCUGGCGGCGUUGCCGGCCAACGGUUUCUACACUAAGAACUCACCGGUUCUUCAACUGAACCAGAAGACCUAUGGGUCAUUGAUUGCGGACUCGAACUACACCUCGGUCGUUGAAUUCUAUGCUCCCUGGUGUGGCCACUGCCAGAACCUCAAACCAGCCUACGAGAAGGCGGCACAGAACCUGAAAGGUCUGGCCAAGGUCGCCGCGGUGAACUGCGAUGAGGAUGAAAACAAGCCUUUCUGUGGCCAGAUGGGCGUCAAGGGAUUCCCUACCAUCAAGAUCGUGACCCCGUCCAAGAAGCCUGGAAAGCCCCGUGUGGAGGACUAUCAGGGCGCGCGCAGCGCCAAGGGAAUUGUUGAAGCGGUGGUAGACCGCAUCCCCAACCACGUCAAGCGUGUGACAGACAAGGACUUCGACCAGUGGCUGGAACAGAACGGAGAGCGACCCAAGGCGAUUCUGUUCACCGAGAAGGGUACCACGACUCCUCUGAUCCGCGCUUUGGCGAUUGACUUCCUCGGGGCCGUCGACGUGGCUCAGAUCCGCAACAAAGAAUCUGCCUCCGUGCAGAAAUUUGGCGUCACCAAGUUCCCCACAUUGGUCGUUAUCCCCGACAGCGAAAGCGAGCCCAAAGUCUACGAAGGCGAGCUCAAGAAGCAGCCCAUCGCCGACUUCCUCAAACAUGGCCAAGGCCAAGAAGUCCAAGCCCUCCAAGUCCUCCAAGGGGGCCCCCAAGGUCCCAGUCGUGUUCCUGAGGACGAUGAGUCUACUCCUGAUGCCGAGCCAACCCCCGAGGCCAAGCCUGCGGAGGUGCCCAUCGUUCCGCCCAUUCCUUCACUCGAUACCUCGGAAUCUUUGCAAUCGAGCUGUCUCGGCUCAAAAUCUGCCACUUGCGUUUUGGUUCUCCUUCCCGCAUCAGCAGAGUCCGAGGCUGUACUCCCGACAACUGCCACCCACGCACUGGCGAGUUUGUCUGAAAUCGCACACCGGCACCAGAGGCGCGGUACACAUCUAUUCCCAAUUUAUCGCGUUCCCGCAGACAACUCGGCUUCACAGAACUUGCGCCAAUCGCUUGGAUUGGGCGCCAGUGAUGCAAUGGAGAUUGUUGCCGUCAACGCCCGCCGCGGAUGGUUCCGUCGUUACGACUAUGCCGAGAACUCUGGACUCGCAGCCGCCGAGAGGUGGAUUGAUGCGAUUCGUCUUGGAGAGGGCGCCAAGGAGAAACUACCCGAGGGUGUCGUCGUCGAAGCCCCGGCGGAAGCAGAAAAGGCCGAAACCGAAGCCGGGUCUGAGGAAGCGACGGGCGAGACUGCACCUGAAGAGGUCGACCAGGAGGCCAAGGAGGAGCCAAAGCACGACGAGCUUUGA